AUGUCACGUAGGUCAGCUAUGGACUUUGGUCUGCCAGUUCUUCACUACCGAGGAAGCACGGUGCAAAGAAGCUUUUUCAGUUUUGAUCACUCUAAUGCAUUGCCAUGCACCAAGCCAGCUCGGAUUGUGGAUGUUCAUUCUGCGAACCAAUGGAGAUCCUAUUUCGAGGCCUCCAAGCAAAACAACAAUUUGUUGGUGAUUGAAUUCACGGCAACAUGGUGCAAACCUUGUCGAUACAUGGAACAACCCAUGAAUGACUUAGCUGCCAAGCACACAGACGUUGUCUUCGUCAGGAUUGACGUCGAUGAAUUGGCGCGUGUGGCUCAGCAAUUCAAUGUGACUACAAUGCCGGCAUUUUCACUCGUGAAGAAAGGGAAAGUAGUUGAUGAGGUUGCAGGGGUCAAGAAGAAUGAGCUUGAGAACAAGAUUGAGAAGCAUAAGAUAUGA